AAGAAAUGAAUCCAUCCAUCAAUGGCUGCUUGUACUUUUGGUUGGACUUCUUUCCGUGGGAAGGAAGGAAGGAAAGAAGGAAUAGCUUGAGCCAUGAGCUCAAGCCCGCGGGGAUCGCGCAAGGUCGGGGAAGACAGGCCGCGAUUCUUCGACGCCAAGGCCAAGACCAUGUGCUGGGCCAACGCCGACACCGUCGCCGGCCGCCACCCCGACCGGUGGCGCAAGGACGCCGCCGGGAACGUCGUCUGCAAGCGUUUCUGCAACUGCCAAGGAUGCCUCUGCUUUGAGUACGACCACAUUCUUCCUUAUUCCAAAGGGGGUGAGUCUGUGGCGGAGAAUUGUCAGAUUCUCCAAACGAGGGUAAACAGAUUGAAGGCGGAUAAACAAGAAAUUGAUAGUUCUCAGCUGAAAGGCUACUCGUGUGACAUUCAGUUCACUGACAGGGAGCUCGAUAUUAUUGAAAUGGCAGUCUAUGGAGAUGUCAUUAGGCCAGGCAACCAAUGUCGUUGCAAAACCGUUGCUGAAAUGCUUGGCAAAUACAAGCCGAAAGACCAACUGGCUGCCUGCAAGUUGCCCUCCAACGACAGCCCCGUCUCCAAAUAAUGAUUCAAAACCCCAAUUUGAAAAGGUAAACAAAACAUUCUGGUCACUAAAACCACAUUCAAUAUUGUUGUCUGUGCCUUACUGUCUACUUGCAUCACCAUUUAUGUCGAUCAUAGAUUAUUGAAAAGAUCAAUUCACCUUUGCUGUUUAUAGAUCACUAGAUUGUUACAAUUUGCAAGAAUUUGAUAGGCAGCUGAAUCUACAUUUACUGAUUAUCAAUUUACCAUACUUAAAUACCAGAUAUGUCUUUCAUAUUUAGCAAUUGAAAUCUUCGGGUGUGUUUGUUUGUG